GUAUUUAUCUCACUUGCACUUCUUUCAAGUACUACCUGUUUUUCUUAUAUUCUUCUUUUAGUGUCACCCUCUUGAAACUCCACCGAUUAAUCUUCGCUAAAUUUGAAAAUUCAGAAUCGAUACCUACCUACUCUACAUUCCAAAACCCAAAACUUUUUGAGUUUGAUCAAGAAACAUGUUAUCGGUAGCUUCUGUUGAAACCCAAAAUUCAGAGCUUUCUUCUUUAGGUUCACCCCAAAAACCACAGACCCAAUCUUCUGAAGAAACCCACGUUUUCAUUUCAAAAUUGCCCCAAAUCCCCAUUUCAAAUCAUCUUCCUCUCCACGCUUAUUGUUUUGAGGAUCUUGCACAAUAUCCAGACAGACCAUGUCUUAUAAUGGGGAACGGUGGUAAAACAUACUCUUUUUCAGAAACCCAUCUCGUCUGUCGAAAAACCGCCGCCGGUUUGUCGAUCCUCGGCGUAAAAAAGGGGGAUGUGAUUAUGGUUCUGUUACAAAACUGUGCUGAAUUUGUUUUUACUUUCAUGGGGGCUUCAAUGAUUGGUGCAGUCACCACUACGGCCAAUCCGUUCUAUACAAGUUCGGAAAUUUUCAAGCAAUUCGGUGCUUCUAAAGCUAAACUGAUUAUAACUCAAUCGCAGUACGUGUGUAAGUUGCGGGAUCAAGGACAGGAUUACCCAAAACUCGGAGAAGAUUUCACUGUAAUCACCAUUGAUGAUCCGCCGGAGAAUUGCUUACAUUUCUCAGUACUUUCUGAAGCAAAUGAGAAUGACAUUCCAUCGGUUUGUGUUGAUCCGAAUGACCCAGUUGCUCUUCCAUUUUCAUCUGGAACCACAGGUUUGCCUAAAGGUGUGAUCUUGACUCACAAGAGCUUGAUCACAAGUGUGGCUCAGCAAGUAGAUGGAGAGAAUCCCAAUUUGUACUUGAAGUCAGAUGAUGUGGUUCUGUGUGUUCUUCCAUUGUUUCACAUUUACUCAUUGAAUUCUGUGCUUUUGUGCUCUCUGAGGGCCGGUGCCGGUGUCCUGCUAAUGCAAAAAUUCGAGAUUGGGUCUUUGUUAGAACUAAUACAGAGGCACCGUGUGUCAGUGGCGGCUGUGGUGCCGCCGCUAGUCCUAGCGUUGGCCAAAAAUCCAAUGGUGGACAAGUUCGACUUGAGUUCGAUUCGUGUGGUGCUGUCAGGGGCCGCCCCGCUAGGGAAGGAUCUCGAAACCGCCCUUAGGAACAGAGUCCCACAGGCCAUUUUCGGUCAGGGUUAUGGCAUGACGGAGGCCGGUCCGGUACUAUCAAUGUCCCCAGCAUUCGCUAAGCAACCAAUGCCGACCAAAUCAGGCUCAUGUGGCAAUGUCGUUAGAAAUGCUGAACUCAAGGUUGUAGAUCCUGAAUCCGGAUCAUCCCUUCCUCGUAACCAGCCUGGAGAAAUUUGCAUCCGUGGACCUCAAAUCAUGAAAGGAUAUUUGAAUGAUGUUGAGGCUACUGCCAACACCAUUGAUGUCGACGGCUGGCUCCAUACGGGUGACGUCGGUUAUGUGGACGAUGAUGAUGAUGUAUUCAUUGUCGAUCGGGUGAAAGAACUCAUAAAAUUUAAAGGCUUCCAGGUGCCACCGGCCGAGCUUGAGGCACUUCUUGUCAGCCACCCGAAUAUUGCUGAUGCUGCAGUUGUACCGCAAAAAGAUGAAGCUGCUGGUGAAGUUCCAGUAGCAUUCGUGGUUCGAUCAAAUGGAUUUGAACUUACCGAAGAAGCUGUUAAAGAAUUCAUUGCAAAACAGGUGGUUUUUUACAAGAAAUUGCACAAAGUGUACUUUAUACAUUCGAUUCCCAAGUCUCCCGCUGGUAAAAUUCUAAGGAAAGAUUUGAGAGCCAAACUCACCACAACAUCAUCGUAAUUAUCUAUGAAUCUCGCAGUUUAAAGUCAAUUAUGGUUUUUUUUUUUUUUUCUUCGAUGCCGUUUAAGUGGUAUCAUUUGUUUUUUCGACAUAAACCACAUUGUUUGAAAUCUCUUUAUUUUGUAAUUUUUGCUUCUUUUA